AUGGAAGAUGGAAAUACAGAGAAGCCGUUUCAUAUUUGCGAAGGUUCAUUGGUGCCCGUGAAGCGUGUGUAUGCAACGGAGAAUAGAGAUGGAGCAGAAAGUGAUGAUUUUGUUAAAAUUCACGGAGAGUUAGAGCCGUUUGGGCAGAUUAACAUCGAUGUAACGUGA